AUCCGCACAUGAUCCAAUGCAGUAGGCAUUAAAAUUCCCAUAGCAAUUAACACAGUGGCUCAGUUUUUCAAACAAGUCACCAUUUGACAGCAGAUGUUUUGCAUGUGCUUGGCUUACACAUGAAAUCGCUUUGUGUUUGGAUUGACUGUUACAGCGUGUAUGUGUGUACGUGUGUGUUAGUAUCGAUGUAUUGGUAUUACCAGCAGUUAAUGUCAGUUUGGUACAUCAUAGAAGAAAACCGAAGCGAUACACACUUCUAAAACAUACCAUAUAAACGAAAGGGAAAAUCUUUCAACAAGAAACUUCAUUCAAUUGGUGAACAAAAGGCACAGAGCAGAAGGAAAACAACCGAACCGAAAGAAACGAAUUGCACAAAAUUAAAGAAUUCAAUAGAAAUUUUAUUAGAGACAUUGAAAAUUUGCAAGAGAGAAAAAGAACGACAGAGUUCACGAAGACUUGAAUUGAAUAAAUUGCAUGAAAUUUGCUGAUAAAUCUGAAAAAAAAACCAGUGGACACGACAAGGUGUUUAGUUGAUACACACAAUAAAUAAAAGAAAACGUAGCAGUGAAGGAAUAAAAUCAGUGGUUGUACGACAUGGAAGUGGGUGAGAGUGGCGAGAAGCGUCCAAAUUUUUCGGCUAUAAGCAGUAAUAAUGGGCCGCUAAUUAAAUUGCCAACAAAUAGUUCAUCAAAACCGAGCGACAUUCGAAAGCUUGUCAUCAAAAAUUUCAAAGUUAAACCGACGCUACCCGAUAAUUACCAGGAGAAAACAUGGGAGAAAUUGCAAAAGGCUGUUGUCGCAAUUCAAACAUCGAAAUCGAUCGAAUAUUCGUUGGAAGAAUUGUAUCAGGCUGUGGAAAAUAUGUGUAGCCAUAAAAUGGACUCACAACUGUACACAAAAUUGACUGCCUUGACCGAGUCGCACGUGAAGUUGAACAUCAAAACCUUUUUCGCCGAUACAAAUGACAAAUUGGUCUAUCUGAAGAAAAUGGAUGAAUGCUGGCAAUCGCAUUGUCAACAAAUGAUCAUGAUUCGAAGCAUUUUCCUCUAUUUAGAUCGAACUUACGUGUUACAAAAUCCAACAGUCCACUCAAUAUGGGAUAUGGGAUUAGAUCUGUUCCGUAGUCAUAUUGCGAUGAAUAGCACCGUACAGAAACGAACCGUCGAUGGUCUGUUGAUGCUGAUCGAAAAGGAGCGUAACAGUGAUGCGGUCGAUCGAACACUUCUUAAAAGCCUUUUGCGAAUGCUGUCUGAUUUACAAAUUUAUCAGGAUGCAUUCGAAAACAAUUUCUUGAUCGCCACAAAGAAUUUAUAUCAAGCAGAAGGACAAAAGAAAAUGCAAGAACUUGAAGUGCCCGACUAUUUACAGCAUGUCGAUAAACGUUUGGCUGAAGAAAAUGAACGAUUGCUACAUUAUCUUGAUCCAGUCACAAAGCAUCAAUUGAUUUAUACAGUGGAGAAACAGCUAUUGUCCGAGCACUUAACCGGAAUUUUGCACAAAGGCUUAGAAAAUUUGCUGGAAGAGAAUCGUCUCGCCGACUUAUCGUUGCUGUACUCGUUAUUUAGCCGGGUUAAAAACGGUUUAGUGGAACUCUGCAUCAAUUUUAAUACAUUUGUCAAGAAAAAGGGUCGUACGAUCGUCAUCGAUCCGGAGAAGGAUAAGAGCAUGGUUCAAGAUUUACUCGAUUUCAAAGAUAAAUUAGACAAUAUCGUGCGCAAUUGUUUUGAACACAAUGAUAAAUACGUGAAUUCGUUGCGUGAAGCGUUCGAAUUCUUCGUGAAUCAGCGAUCAAACAAACCGGCUGAAUUAAUAGCUAAAUAUGUCGAUAUGAAAUUGCGAUCGGGAAAUAAGGAGGCGACUGAAGAAGAAUUGGAACAAAUUUUGGAUAAGAUUAUGGUAUUGUUCCGAUUUAUUCACGGCAAAGAUGUGUUCGAGGCGUUCUAUAAGAAAGAUUUAGCGAAGCGACUAUUGGUGGGCAAAUCGGCAUCGGUGGAUGCGGAAAAGAGCAUGCUGUCAAAAUUAAAACAGGAAUGCGGCGGUGGAUUCACAUCAAAAUUGGAGGGAAUGUUCAAAGAUAUGGAACUGAGCAAAGAUAUUAACAUAGCAUUUAGGCAACAUUGCGCCAAUUUAGAGCGUGAAUACACAUCAAUUGAUUUAACUGUAAAUAUUCUAACGAUGGGCUAUUGGCCCAGCUACCCAGUGAUGGAGGUCACGAUGCCAACCCAAUUACUAGAGCUCCAAUCCGUUUUCAAUAAAUUCUACCUACAAAAGCAUACAGGCCGUAAGCUACAGUGGCAACCAACGCUCGGCCACUGUGUACUGAAAGCCACAUUCGAUCAAGGGCCAAAAGAUCUACAGGUUUCACUGUUCCAAGCGCUCGUUCUGUUGCUCUUCAACGACAAUGAUACACUCACAUUCGAGGAAGUUAAGGCUGCAUGUAACAUUGAGGACGGUGAAUUACGGCGAACGCUUCAGUCAUUGGCCUGUGGAAAGGCUCGUGUUAUCACAAAAAUCCCACGCGGUCGUGAAGUUGAUGACAAAGACAAGUUCCUGUUUAACAACGAAUUCACAAACAAAUUAUUCCGUAUUAAAAUCAAUCAAAUUCAAAUGAAAGAAACCACGGAAGAGCAAAAGGCGACCGAAGAGCGUGUCUAUCAAGAUCGUCAAUAUCAAAUUGAUGCAGCUAUCGUUCGUAUCAUGAAAAUGCGAAAGACAUUGAGCCACAAUCUUCUUAUAAGCGAACUGUACAAACAAUUGACGUUCCCAGUCAAACCGGCCGAUCUGAAGAAGCGCAUCGAAUCGCUGAUCGAUCGCGACUACAUGGAACGAGAUAAGGAUAAUCAAAAUCAAUACAAUUAUGUUGCCUAAACAUUCGAUUAUAAGCAUCACUGACUAUCUAACAAUAGAAUAUUUACCGAUGUUUACACACAAAUACACAACAACAAAUCGUUUUGAUAAUACAAUACUAAAAAAAUAUUGAUCCAAGUCAAAAAGGAAGGUUUACGAGUUCCAUUUCAAUUUCAAAUUGCUAGCAAAUAAAAUUGAAGUUACCCAAAAGCCGUCUAUUUUUCUCAACUCUCGUUCGUACUGCGAUACGUCGAUUCGAGCAAAAACAAAACAAAAAGACAUUGAGUGUUUUUUUCCGUGUGACACAUUUGACGUCAUUAUAAAAAUAAGCGGUUUUUGGCAUUUAUUUUUGGAAGUUAUUUUUUUUUCUCUAGAGACAAACGACAUAAGAAGAACAAAGAAAUUGGAUGAAAUUGGAAUCAUACAAAGCGACACCGAAAUUUGGUUGCACGAACUCAGAAUACAAUAGGGACAGAUAGCACUUAAAUUGUCGUUCACAAUAUAUCAUAUAAUGAUCGUUGAAUUCGUGCUCAAUAGAAGAAAAAUCAGUGAUUUUCCAUCAGUAAACCAGUGUAAAAUAAAUAACUUUUUCUUUUAAAACAAAACAAAAUAUUUAUUAUUUAACGUAAAAGAAAACAUGAUUUAUAAGGCAAUAUGAGGAAGUACAUUGGGAGUACACACGUUGUUAAGCUAAGCAACCAAUUUCUACCAUGAACAUUGCGCAUCUUCUUAUCUUUUUUUUCGAACAUUUAACAAAACAGAAAAAACACACACACAAAAAAACAAACUAUUCCUCAUUGUACAAUUUAAAACGAACAUUAAUAGUGAAUUAAGUUGUCUCGGAUGAGGAAACGAUAGUUUUUAAGAUGUAGCCAAUAAAAUGAAUUUUAAGAAA